UUUCCUCCCAUCAUCCAUAAAGUUAGCCAACUCAAAAAAAGAAAAAAGAAAGCCAGCAUACAAACAACUCAAAAACAUUCUUUCCUUGCAUCAAAGACAGCUGCAGACAAACUAGAAACAUCCAUGGAUAGUGCUCAGUGGACUCAGGAAUAUGGAGUUGCAAGAUCCAUGGCAGAAGCAGCUCCAAAUGCAUGUAGCAAGCCAGCAACGGAGAGAAAAGUGAGGCCACAGAAAGACCAAGCCAUAAACUGCCCAAGAUGCCACUCCACCAACACCAAAUUCUGCUACUACAACAACUACAGCCUCACCCAGCCAAGAUACUUCUGCAAGACAUGCCGCCGCUACUGGACCGAGGGCGGAACCCUAAGGAACGUUCCGGUGGGCGGUGGCUCGAGAAAGAACAAGAGAUCCUCUUCAUCCUCCUCCUCCUCCUCCUCUUCACACAAGCUCCCUGAUCUGAACCCUCCAAGCAUUUCCCCAUUCUCAUCUCAAAACCCUAAAAUCCAUGAUGAUCUCAAUCUAGGGUUCCAAGCUGAUUACAGCCACUUUCUAGACCUCCCCAAGAUUGAAGGCAGUAGAGACAUGUCCACCACUACCACCACCACCAACACCAACACUUCCUCUUCCACCACAACUCCUCAUCCUCCUCCUCCUCUCUCAGCCCUAAAUUUCUUCACCAAUGGCGUCAUUGCAGCUAGAGGCUUGAACUCCCUCUUCCCCAUGGCCACAGACGAACAGAACAACGCCAUCUUCGCAUCCGGUUUCCCCUUCCAGGAAUGCAAGCCUCAGCCCCUCUCAUUCGGCGUUGGUAACGUGCCUCAAGAGAGCGUUAACGGGAGCCUGAUGUUCACGUUGGGUGCGACCAGACGAAACUCCAGCGAUCAGGAUCAGAAUCAAGAUAAGGGGCACGAGAAUUCGAAUGGAUUCUGGAAUGGAAUGUUAGGUGGAGGUUCAGCUUGGUGAAGAAAAAUAACAAGAAAUUAAUAGGCUGCUUUCAUCACUUCUUUUUUCUCUUUUUUAAAUCCAUAUUUAUUUCUUGUUUUGUGUCUAUCUUUUUCCUUUCUCUUGUGUCAUGGUUGCUUAGCUGUUUGGGAGUUGUUCAGAGCUAACAUACAUAUGUAUUUCUUUUUUAUUAAUUUCACUUUUAAGUAGUAAUUGAAGCUAACUUGGUAGCUUCCAUUGCCUAAAGUGAACUUCUACUACUUUUCCUUAUCUUACCAAAAUUAAAGUUGUUGCUUAUUGUGCAACUAGAUUUAUGCACA